CCAUAUAAAACUCAUGUAAAACUCACUUCCCCAGUUUCCCUCGCCUAUUUCACAUUUUUCUCUUUCCAUUUUCUGUUUGGUUUUGGUUUGCUUUGGUUUUGUUCUCUCAGAAAUCGACAUGUAAAUGCAGCUCUCAACUUGUGUCAUAUAAACUGUCAAUCAUCUUCUUCUCCGUCAACUUUUCUCGUAUUAAACUCUGGUCCCAUUUGGUCGUGUUUCCAUUUUGCCUCUUCCUCGGUUUCGUCGGUUUUUCCCAUAUAUAUUAACAUCAAGGAUGGCUACUGCAGUGUUUCACCAAUCCAUUGGAACUCACCAGUCCCAUGGACAUCUCUAUAACUCUGGCAUUCAUCAAGAGUUGGGGAAAAGUUCAGUGAGAUUGAUUUCAAAGGCGUUCGAGGUUGAUGUUGGACUGUCAAGAAGAGUAUGCUACAACUCUGGUCAGAGAAACCUUGGUGUAAUUCGAGCUUCGACUUCCCAAACUUCAGUGAUUGAUCACGUUUCGUCCCCCUCAAAGAACAAAGAAAGCGAAUCACGAAAGAAAUCUAAUGAAGCAGCUUUGAUUUUGAUUAGGCAUGGUGAAUCAUUGUGGAACGAAAAGAACUUGUUCACUGGCUGUGUUGAUGUGCCGCUGAGCAAGAAGGGUGUAGAAGAGGCACUUGAAGCUGGCAAGAGAAUCAGCAACAUACCUGUCGACAUGAUCUAUACAUCUGCACUGAUUCGUGCACAGAUGACUGCCAUGCUUGCCAUGACACAGCACCGUCGUAAGAAGGUGCCAGUUAUGUUGCAUAAUGAAAGCGAACAGGCUAGGGCAUGGAGCCAGAUUUUUAGUGAAGACACAAAAUUGCAAUCCAUUCCUGUGGUCGCGGAUUGGCGCUUGAACGAAAGAAUGUAUGGGGAAUUACAGGGUCUCAAUAAACAAGAAACAGCAGAUAGAUAUGGGAAGGAACAAGUUCACGAGUGGCGUCGGAGUUAUGAUGUACCCCCUCCCAAUGGCGAGAGUUUGGAAAUGUGUGCUGAAAGAGCUGUUGCUUAUUUUAAAGAUCAAAUUGAACCCCAACUCUUAUCUGGAAAGAAUAUUAUGAUUGCUGCCCACGGGAAUUCAUUGAGAUCUAUUAUCAUGUAUCUGGAUAAGCUAACUUCCCAAGAGGUUAUUAGUUUAGAACUGUCAACUGGAAUACCGAUGCUUUACAUUUUCAAAGAGGGAAAAUUCACUCGGAGGGGAAGUCCUUCGGCACCUACUGAGGCUGGGGUUUAUGCCUACACCAAGAAAUUGGCCCUUUACAGGCAGAAAUUAGAUGAGAUGGUUCAUUAGCGUGUUAUAUAUUACAGGAAACCCAUCAUAUGCUCUCAAAGUCGAGAACCAAAAUUGCUGGUUUUCUUCUGCUUUUAAAAUUUUAAGUAGCUGGUGCAAGUUCUCUUCCGUUGCUUCUUCAGGGGGUUUAUCUUUCAGCAGUUUUGUUUGUACCAGUUGGUGUGUCAUACUUUUUUUUCAAGUUCUACAGAUAUAUGAAAUAUAUGGGGGCAGCUCUGAAGCAGUACAUAGCCACAGUCCUGGCUACUUGCUUCUGUGUACUUUUGUAUGUCUAGCAAAUUUAGUUGAAGUCCCUGUGCUAGAAGAGAGUUCGGUUUGUCCUUGUAUGUUAUUACUAAGUUGUAAUCCUGUAAUUGAUAGGACUGAAAUAAGAACGUAUCUUUUGGUA